GCAAUAAAUUUCAUGUAUUGUUUUCAUUUCAAUUUGUCUUUCUUAAAUACUGAAUUCAGUCAAUAAUAUUAGAGUUCUAUCAAUAUUAUUUUAUUUUCUACUUUUAUAUCUGUCAAUUCAAUCCCUGUAAAAGAAAAAAAGUAACAAAAAUGUUUUGCUAGAUUGAUUUGGUUUUUACAAUCUGAAAAUGUGCAAUUUCGUGUUCUAACCUUUCAACUUUGAAGUAGUCAAGUACUAUUCCUUUUUGAAAAUGAAUGAAUUCAAAAUCCACAAACUGUUAUGCGAGUUGAUUGAAGCCUGGGAAGACUGUCUGAGCGACGCGGCUGAUCCUCUGCCUUAUUUUACGUCGUACGUCAGGUCGAACGUAUCGCCCGAGGAAUGCCUGGAGAACGUACUGCGCUACAACACAGACCUGGCCGGUCGCAAGAGGGGUGUAUCGGAGAUGGCCAUCAAACAGGUGCUGCAGCAUAACAAGUGUGCCAACCCGGAGAAGUUUCUUCACAAGUACGAGCAUCUCAAAGCCAAAAAGUUAGAUAUCCUCGGUCCUUUCAUGAACCUGUUGAUGCAGUUGAAAGAUGACACCAAACUGGUUGAAAUCAUCAAAAGAAAGCAUCAGAAAGAUAACAAGGAGCUGAACUUCAAUCCACUUCAACUGAAGUCGCAGACAGCGUUAAACUUCAAAGACGAAGAUGCUCAACAGGUUUGCAGUAAACUUGUAAAGAUGGCGGCCAAACUUCAGGUGCGAAAGAGCGCCAAAUCGGAGUCACGUGGUGGCCCACCAAUGCCAGCUCACUCAGACAUCACCGACUGGAGCUCGGGUGCGGCCCUUCAUGUCCAUGGACUUCUUCGAUCCGCCCAACAGCCAGUCGGCCGCGCCGCUAUGUGAGUUCGCAACACACCUAAAACAAC